UCCAGUAGACGGCUGUGAGCGCACAUCGCUGCACGAAAUUGUUCUCGUUAGCCACAGAGUAUCUUUAACAUAUUUAUGCUUCGUCUCACAUAUGCAUCAGAAAGUGAUAAUGCAGUAUUAAAGCUGAUCAAAAUAAAUAACUAGGUCUCGAUUAGUGAAGAGGAUCUCCAACAGCAUCGUGCAGCGUGAUAUCUGUUCACAUGGAGAGUGGCACUUACACAGAAACUACAGCAGCUUAACUGAAACUCUUAUAUUACGUGUUUUACGUCUUUGUUUGUUCUCAAGUCUGGUUUAUCAUCGGCUACAGCGGAUUCUCACUUUAAACAGGUGUUUCCUAGCUCUGGAUUUAUGUCGUUUAUAGUCUCGUUGGGGGUCAGCGGAUGACAAUGAAAGUACACAAGGUUCAUUCUCGGUCCCAACAGAGGCAGCGAAAUGCAUCUAAACAACAUGGCAAGAAUAAGUGGAACAAAAAAGUGCGCAGCCUGGACUCAACGCUCCUUAAUACCAGCUCAGGAACUGCAAAGUUGGAACAAGAGAUAGCCAAAAAGGAGAAACCAGCAAUAAAACGGUUGAAGAAGUUGUAUGCGAAGCCUGUGACUCUUCUCUCUGAUAACAACUGUGCAGACGAGGAUAAAGUUAAACCCACUUCUGUGACUUUUGCUCAUGUCCACACAAAUGGAGGCACAGAACUGGAUGACAGCAGCAGAUCAGUGGACUCACAAGAAUGGAGUGAAUAUGCCAACAGUGUUCUUCAGAACGGCAUGGAGACUUCAACAUUACCUGACUCAGACCAGGCGGAGGAUGGGCUUCAAUUCCAUGCCCACCUUGAUCAUACCAAGAACCGUGCAGUGUUAGUCAUGAAACAAAGUCAGGUCUUGUGUUUUCGUGGGAAGUGCCUGCUCACUUGCCUCUAUGGUCAUGUAGAAGUGCUGGGCUUCACCAUAGAGGAGGGUCAACAGCCUUACCCUGUGUUUUCACCACCGACCCACUGCCCGCUCACUAUCACGGCCUUAGGAAACAACCAGUCCUCCAGCAAGAACAAGAAAGAGGGCCAGCUGGAAGCAAAAGCCAUUGUUCGCAAAUAUUUCACAACAGAGCCGAGUAAAAAGCUGAUGAAUGAGGUGGAUUCGGAUUCCUGUGUGGUGCUUCUGGAGUCUCUGGACACACCACUCACUCGCUUUCUCUCCAGCUUUUCUGAACUCACUGAGCUAUUCGGCCUCAACUCGAAGGAGUUGAAGUCUCAGGCUGCCAUCUAUAGCCCUGUCCUGUCCGCUGUGGGUGUAACGGCUCUGCGUGGGCCUUGUGCACAGGGUCUGGUCAUGUCACGCAGCUACAAAGAAACUAUAAGCAGUUUGCUCAGUGCCUGGGCAGGGGAAUUCGACCGUUGUCCCAUAAUUCUUGUGUGUGGAGGCAAAUCUUCUGGCAAGUCCACCUUUAAUCGGCACCUAAUCAACAGCCUGCUAAAUCAUACUGCGAGUGUGGAGUAUUUGGAGUGUGAUUUGGGCCAGACUGAGUUCACCCCUCCUGGAUGUCUUUCCUUGUGCACAGUUACAGAACCACUGCUUGGGCCUCCUUUCACACACCUGCGUGACCCAGAGCACAUGGUGUAUUACGGUCAGGCAGAUUGUCAGUCUGACAUCGAUCGAUAUCUGGAGUCCCUCAAAUCCCUCUGGCGCAACGUCAGUGGAGAGAGUCCUGUUAUCAUCAAUACUAUGGGCUGGAUCAGAGGUCAUGGCUUUCAGAUACUGGUGGACCUCGUCCGUCUGUUUUCAGUCACUCACGUGGUUCAGCUGAGUUAUGGGACAGCGCCACAAUGUCAGCUGCUCACCUCAGAGUUCAUCAGAAGUGCCCACGGCUGGCAGACUCACCCUCCAACAACCCCUGCCUUGACUGAGGACAGUCACUCCCCCAGCCGAUCACAUGUGUUUCUCAGCGUUCAGUCAGAGUUUGAGGGUGCUGGGGUAUCUGGUGAAAUGCGUUUUCAGCGCAGUAAUGAGCUGCGAGACCUGGCUCUCCUCAGCUAUAUCAGCAAGCUGCAGUCCUCAGAUCCAGGCCCCAUCCGGCCUCUACACUGCUUCAUACCAUAUCAGGUCCCACACUCAUCAGUAGCUAUAGGUGUCACACACUGUGAAGUCGCACCCAACAACAUCCUCUAUGCGGCCAAUGCCAGUGUAGUAGGAUUGUGCUGUCUGAGUGAAAAGGUUGUGGGCAGAGGAGGUCCUGUUAUCCUCUCCCAAACGCCCAUCUGUCAAUGCGUGGGCCUAGGUGUUCUGCGAGGGGUGGACAUGGGACGAGGGCUGUAUUUUCUGGUUACUCCAGUGUCUCCAUCUGUCCUGAAGCAUGUGAAUUGUCUUUUGCUGGGAGAGAUCAGUCUGCCCAAAAUAUUGCUGACCCAGCAGCAUGGAGUUGAAGGAGAUUUACCUUACAUUACCACAGAUUACAGCUUUGAGGUGCAAGGCGCAGGAAAGCUCCACAUCUUCAAAGGACUAACAAGACCUGGUUUUAUAAAGUCUGAUAACUAAGCUCUUCUCUACGGACUCUACUUUUUGUGAAUGACAUUUCUAUCCUUGUGUUUGUUUUAUACCCAACAUAUUGAGGAACAUUUUGCCAUUAAAUGUACAAAUCUACACCAGUAUCUUGGCUUUCAGAACAGUAUACUGUGGAGAGAUGGAAUGUAUGAAAUGAUUUGUGGUUUCUUUAUCCCAUGCUGAACGGCUCCGAUUUUAAGAUCCUUGAGUUUUGAAAGUCUUGUUUUGAUUUGCUGUACUGUUACAGUUUGUCAAAUGGUUAUGAAAAGGUCAUUGAGAGUUUCUGUUUCCUCUUGUCCCAUUUCCAAUCCGAGAUCAUUCAGACUGUAAAAUAUUAAAGGUUUGCUUCAUUUUUGUCAAGAAA